UGUUAUAGAUUCUCGAUAGUUUCAUCUCUAUCCCUAAGGCCGCAUUUUUGCUUAGUUUUCUGGUUUUUGCCAAUUUUUACCAAAAUGUCGAAGGCACAUCCCCCAGAGUUGAAGAAGUACAUGGACAAGCGAAUGAUGCUGAAACUGAACGGAGGACGCGCCGUGACCGGCAUUCUGCGCGGUUUCGAUCCCUUCAUGAACGUGGUGCUGGACGAUACGGUUGAGGAAUGCAAGGACAACACGAAGAACAACAUCGGCAUGGUGGUAAUCCGCGGCAACAGCAUUGUCAUGGUGGAGGCUCUGGACAGGGUUUAACACCCGCCUCGGAUCCCAUUCCCCACAAGGACCUCAAUCGUUAGCCGUAGUGUCUAGUCUUAAGGCUCCGAAAACAUUCAUGCGUUGCACACCUUCAGAAAACACACAAAUGCGUAAAUAAAUUAUAUUAUAAAAAGAGACAAA